UCGGAGCAAGUCAUAGAAACAUCAUCCGCAUCCAGAGUCGGACACAUCGGCGACCGACGACGCGCUCCCGCUCGUUUUGCUUUUGGUCACACGCAUGCCAUCUUGUCAGUUGGCUGCUGUUGCUGCUCCACCGCCAUCUUGAGAUCUCAAUCGUAUUUUCUCUUUUAGACCAAAACACACACACACAAAAAAAGGAAAAAUCACUUUAUACAAAGGCGAGAUGCAGGUCAAAAGUCUAACAAUCUGGUGGAUAAUGCUCCUGGUUUGCGGCAGCUACAUGGCGUCUGGAACGGUGGCUGCGCAUCGAGCCCGCCACGGCGGCUGCAAUUUCCGCAUCGUCCGCGACAUCAUGCGCCGGGCGUGCGCUUACCACUCGUCCGAGAAUUCCCAGCUGCUCGGACUCGACGAACUCGGCCCGACGUCCGUCGGCCGGUCGUCCAACAUGCUGGAUGAAGUGGUCGACAAACACCACCACGACCACCAGUCGGGCAGCCGAGUCAAAAAGGAGAUCGAGUUACUCUACAUCCGCCGCAUUCUCAAAGAGUGCUGUCCCAACGAAGGCUGCCCGCCGCUGUCGAAAUUCUGCCGCUAGGGAAAAAAAGCCCACAUCACAGGUCGAAGGAGAAAAGAUUUCGUCCACUGUAUAUCUAGCAGCGUCGUUGUUGAUUUUCCAUUAAAAACACCAACACACGAAGAAAAAAACACGCACACAACAAAGAAGAAACUACACCACACACACACACACACGCACAAACACAACACACACGCAAAGUUACUCUUUUGCCAACGUGAGUCCGGAAGAAGAACUACAAGCCGCCGUGAAGAUAAAUUCUUAACCCAACGAAGAAAAAAAAAACAAAAAACAAAAAAGAAAAAAAGGAGUUGUACAGAUCUACCAUUACUACGGCUACGAAACGUGUCAAAAGAGUCGACUCAUAAGGUAGAAACAAUUUCAAAGGAAAAAUUGAGAAACGUGAAACAAAACAAAAUCCUUUGCCAAAACACGCUCCCUCCUGGUUAGUGUAUGUGUUGCCCAAUCUUGUUCAAAUAUCUCUAUUUAUUCCUGCCUGUCUGAAAA